UACCAGUCACCCCACCUCGCUCCCACGCGGCUCCUGUUUUUCCUCCGCUCCCCGCAAUCUCCACCGAAGCGCCAUGGCCCCUAGGAAAGGUAGCAAUCGUGUGGCCAAGACCAACUCCUUACGGAGCCGGAAGCUGGCCUCCUUCCUUAAAGACUUCGACCGUGAAGUGGAAAUACGAACCAAGCAAAUUGAGUCAGACAGACAGAACCUGCUCAAGGAGGUGGAUAACCUCUACAACAUCGAGAUCCUGCGGCUUCCUAAGGCUCUGCGCGAGAUGAACUGGCUCGACUACUUCGCCCUUGGAGGAAACAAGCAGGCCCUCGAAGAGGCAGCAACAGCUGACCUGGAUAUCACUGAAAUAAAUAAACUAACAGCAGAAGCUAUUCAGACACCUUUGAAAUCAGCUAAAACACGAAAAGUAAUAGAAGUGGAUGAAAUGAUAGUGGAAGAGGAAGAGGAAGAAGAAAAUAACCAUAAGAAUCUUCGCACUGCAAGAGUCAAAAGGUGUCCUCCAUCCAGGAAGAGAACCCAGUCUGUACAAGGAAAAGGCAAAAGGAAAAGGUCAAGCCGAAGUAACAUGGUUACCCCAGCUGUGGGCCGCUUGGAAGUAUCUCUGGUGAAACCAACUCCAGGCCUGACACCCAGAUUUGACUCGAGGAUCUUCAAGACCCCUGGCCUGCGUACUCCAGCCACAGGAGAGCGGAUUUACAGCAUCUCAGGGAAUGGCAGCCCUCUUGCUGACAGCAAAGAGGUCUUUAUCACUGUGCCAGUGGGCGGUGGAGAGAGUAUGCGAUUAUUGGCCAGUGACUUGCAGAGGCUCAAUAUCACACAACUGGAUCCAGAGGCCUUGGGAAACAUUAAGAAGCUCUCCAGCCGUCUUGCUCAAGUCUGCAACAACAUACGGGCCCAAAAAUGAGAAGCCAACAUUGAUGGAAUAGACUUUGAAUGGGCACUUCUGGGACCCUGAAGAGACAUCUUCCCUUCAGGCUUAGUGUUUUGUUUGAGUAUGAAUUUCAAGAGUAGGGGGCUGUGUUCCUCCUGGGGAAUUCAAGAGCAGGGAGGCACACUGUUCCUAUACCAUUUAGGUAAAGCUUUACUGUUCAACCUCCCAACCCAGGUGACCCCAGCCACUGCCUGCUGUGUUCAUGCAGUGGAAACUUCCUGUCAUUCUCCCAGCUGAAUUCUCCUGCUCUCCGAGCUGCUGCCUGCCUCCUGUAACUC